AUGGCGACAGUAUGGCGCAGCUUCAAGUUCUUCGAGUCGGAGGUGCUAAAGGGGCCGCUCAACCACAUGGAGAUGACGUGCUGCUGCUACAGCCACAAGGCCAUCUUCGUCGCGGACGGCGAGGGCUUCGUAUACGCCGUGGACCGCGGCGGCAAUGCGACGCAGAUGGAGUUCCCCGCAUACAAAGGGGCCGUGACGCACAUGAAGCACCUGCGCUCGCGCAAUGUGCUCGUCACGCUCGGAGACGAUGACGCGCUCAACACGUGCAUCAUGCGGGUGUGGAGCCUGGACGCCGCCGCAGGCGGGAAGACGGCGACACCGCCGCCGUGCCGGGAGCACCGCCUCUUCAGCGCGAAGCACCCGCCGCCAGCGGAAAGCGUCGUGCUGCGCACAAACUACAACGCGGAGGUGAUGCAGUCGCUCAAGUUUAAGGGGCGCGAGGGCGACGCGGCGAAGGCCAUUCCCGUGACGGCGUUCCACACCGUUGUCGUGAGCUUUGAUGUA